GCCAGCCAUCCAUUCCGGUAGAAAUCAGCGGAGGGACUUGUUUUGUUCUCCCACCAAGUUCUGCAACUUUCGCCUAAUUGGUUUUUGGUAAUUGGUAAUUGGUACUGGUGCGAGAGACGCCUUCGAAUAAUGUCGCUCCACCUGUGGAACUCGAGAUUCUCAAUAACUGUCGUGCGACAGUGCUCGACGAUAUUUACGUCGUCGUCUGGCAUUCUAAAACUCCAACACACAGCCGCAUCAAGCUCGAAUUUCGGUGCCAGUUCACAAACACAAAGGAGAGAAAUGAGCAAUCAGCCUCGGGGAUCGCGGGACAGCUCGGGCAGCGGUGGCCAGGGCGGGGCUGGUGGGGCGGCCAAUGUGCCGGGCUUCCAGCAUCCCCACUGCGACCGCCAGGCCAUGUACGAUCAGCCAGUUCGCAAGCAGAGGACCAAGGGAGGUUCUUAUGACUAUGAUCUGAUUGUGAUUGGCGGCGGCUCAGCUGGUCUGGCCUGCGCCAAGGAGGCGGUCCUCAACGGAGCUCGUGUCGCCUGUCUGGAUUACGUGAAGCCCACACCCACUCUGGGCACCAAAUGGGGCGUCGGCGGCACCUGCGUCAAUGUCGGCUGCAUCCCCAAGAAGCUGAUGCACCAGGCCUCGCUCCUCGGCGAGGCUGUUCACGAGGCGGCCUCCUACGGCUGGAACGUGGACGACAAGAUCAAGCCCGACUGGGGCAAGCUGGUGCAGUCCGUGCAGAAUCACAUCAAGUCUGUUAACUGGGUGACUCGCGUCGAUUUGCGCGACAAGAAAGUGGAGUACAUCAACGGACUGGGCUCCUUCGUCGACUCGCACACGCUGCUGGCCAAGCUGAAGAGCGGCGAGCGCACCAUCACCGCCCAGACCUUUGUUAUUGCCGUUGGAGGACGACCCCGCUACCCGGACAUCCCUGGCGCCGUUGAGUACGGUAUCACCAGCGAUGAUAUCUUCAGUUUGGACCACGAACCCGGCAAGACCCUUGUCGUCGGUGCUGGAUACAUCGGCCUGGAAUGCGCUGGUUUCCUGAAGGGUCUCGGCUACGAGCCCACCGUCAUGGUCCGCUCGAUUGUGCUGCGCGGCUUCGACCAGCAGAUGGCCGAACUGGUGGCCUCUUCAAUGGAGGAGCGCGGCAUUCCAUUCCUACGCAAAACUGUGCCUUUGUCGGUGGAGAAGCAGGAGGACGGCAAGCUGCUGGUCAAGUUCAAGAAUGUGGAGACCGGCGAGGAGGCCGAGGACACCUUCGACACCGUUCUGUGGGCCAUCGGUCGCAAGGGUCUGGUCGAUGAUCUGAACCUGCCCAAUGCCGGCGUCAACACACAGAAGGACAAGAUCCCCGUCGACUCCCAGGAGGCCACCAACGUGGCUAACAUCUAUGCCGUGGGCGACAUCAUCUACGGCAAGCCGGAGCUUACGCCCGUGGCCAUUCUGGCCGGUCGUCUGCUGGCCCGUCGCCUGUACGGUGGAGCUACCCAGCGCAUGGACUACGCUGAUGUGGCCACCACCGUGUUCACGCCCCUGGAAUACGCUUGCGUGGGCCUCUCCGAGGAGGAUGCUGUUAAGCAGUACGGCGCCGAUGAGGUGGAGGUCUUCCACGGCUACUACAAGCCCACGGAGUUCUUCAUCCCCCAGAAGAGCGUGCGUUAUUGCUACCUGAAGGCUGUGGCCGAGCGACAUGGCGACCAGCGCGUCUACGGCCUGCACUACAUCGGACCAGUGGCUGGCGAGGUGAUCCAGGGAUUCGCCGCCGCCUUGAAGUCCGGCCUGACCAUCAACACGCUGAUCAACACUGUGGGCAUUCACCCGACUACCGCCGAGGAGUUCACCCGGCUGAACAUCACCAAGCGCUCGGGUCUGGACCCCACGCCCGCCACCUGCUGCAGCUAAGCGGUAGGAGGGAUCUGUAGCUCAGCCAGCCGCCUGGGACGCCGCCGCUCUAUUUGCUCCGCCGCCGCCUCUCGAUGAAUGGUUGUUGAGAAGAGAAGAGCGUUCAACAGUUCCGUUUUAGUUUCCGCAAUUAACCCAACACCCACACCCCCCCCCCAAAACAAUAGUUAUGCCGGAUGGGAGGCGCUGGGAGGCAACGGACAUGACCAGAGAUCACUUCGUGGACUCCAUCCGGCGAGGAUCUCCCACCCAUCCCUCGACUGCUGCGCCGCCGAUAUGAACACCCAAAUUUUUAAAUUGAAUUUGUUUAACCCAAUGAAAUUAAGCAUGAAAUCCCCUAAAUGUAUGGUAGGAAAAUAUAAUUUUUCGCCAACAAAA